GCCCAGAUCAUGUGACCACAAAAUGGUGGAAGCUGUGAGCUGUUUGUAAGCUGAGCAUCUCCAUCGAGAGGCUGGAAGCAGGAAGCAGGCAGGGAACUUGGAAGUACAUUCAUGCUCUGAGACGCAGGAGGACAGAGAUUCCCAAGCCCCAGAAGCGGUCCUCCUGGGGAUGGACCUGGCAUCAGAGAGUAAAAUGAACUCUGAGGGGGGUGAUGGCAGACCAGUCCCUCCUACCUCUCUACCUCUGCAAGGAGGAGCCUCACAGAGAAAAAAACUAUCUGCGCCUCGUAUCAGCCUGUCACUGGACCAGAGCGAGGAUGACUUCGGGGAGACACCAGAUGAUCUAGACAUUAAUGUCGACGACCUCGACACUCCAGAUGAGGGGGAUUACCUCGACUACACAGACCAUGAAAUGGACUGGGAAGAUCCCAAUGCUGCCAACAGGAGUGCUACCAGUGAAGUCUACAAUACAAUCCCAACAUACAGUGCUGAGGAGGAACGCCAAGAUGGAAAACUGUGGAGGACUGUCAUCAUUGGGGAGCAGGAACACCGUAUCAACAUGAAACUCAUUGAGCCCUACAUGAAAGUCAUUUCUCAUGGAGGCUACUAUGGCAACGGAGUGAACGCCAUCAUAGUGUUUGCUGCCUGUUUUCUGCCAGACAGCGACCGAGAGGACUACCAUGAAAUAAUGGAGAACCUCUUCCUUUAUGUGAUCAGCACACUGGAGCUGAUGGUGGCAGAGGACUACAUGAUUGUAUACCUGAAUGGAGCCACACCCCACAGAAGAAUGCCUGGACUUGGUUGGCUAAAGAAGUGCUAUCAGAUGAUUGACAGAAGGCUCAGGAAGAACUUGAAAUCCUUCAUUAUUCUCCAUCCAUCAUGGUUUAUCAGGACCAUUCUAGCCAUUACCAAGCCAUUCAUCAGCACCAAGUUCAGCAGUAAGAUAAAGUAUGUAAACAGUCUGGACGAGCUGCAGGAACUCAUCCCGAUGGACUGCAUCCAGAUCCCAGAGUGCAUCAUUAGACUCGACAAGCAGCUGAAGGAAGCAGCAGAGAACUCGAGAGUGAACAGUUUUCUGCAGGGAUCCGAGCCAACUGCAGCAAGCAGAACAGACAGACCAGACGCAGCUGGUGCCAGCGGCUCGUAAAUCCAAACAUCCUGAAUAGAUGGGUCACCUCGAUGCUCAGAAGUCACUGUUGUAUUGAAUGGGCGAAUCUGGAAAAUUGUGUAGCUACUGUGUGUACGUCUGUCAGUGUUUUGUCAAUUACACACUGGAGUUUAAUAAGAGAAUACAACUUACAAUAGCACCUGAUCACAAUAAGAUCUUUAACGGCUGCUGUAGCACCUGCUGUACCUUACACCUGCAGUCCUGAUAUACAUGUAGUCUUAAGUGUGAUUUUUUUGUUUUGGGAGCAUCAGCAGACUAGUGCCAUCGCUCACUUUAGGGUAGGGACUUCAAUUACACACUAGACAGCGCACUGCGCAAAUCCAUUUGUAGAGUCUAUAGUGUUGUAGUUGUGUGCAUGAGAAGCAGUGAAGCAAUAAUAUCACCCUUUACUGGUUACUCAGUCUCAGUAUUUCUGAUAAAGAAACUACUUCUGUGUACGCAGUAAAAGCACAGGGUGCCUUGUGCCAUGGAAGAUGACCAACUGGCUUUUGACCAAUCCAAACCUCUUUCUGGAAAAUUAACCAUAAAACUAGAUAUUUUACCUUUAUAGAGUUAAUCUAAGACUAAGAAGGAAAAACUUAAUUAUUAUAUGAAGCUGUCAGUGUUAUGUGACAGCAUGUCUUUUUAGUCGUGUUCUGCAAGUGUGUGUGCGUGUGUGUGCGCACGCAUGCAUGUGUCUUUCUGUCUAUACACGUCGAAACUCAUCCUCAGUUUCUGCUUGACGACCAGGAAAAAUCUUGGGUGAGAGUAGCAAUGGGAUCUUUGAUAAGCACAUCUUUAUCUGUGUGUGUCCACACGCAUGCGUGUGUGUGUGCGUAUCUGUGCAUCAGUGCAUGUCCCCCUCAUUAGAUAACCAAUGGUCCUCUUGCACAGUCUAUAAUGGUGUACUGAGGGGAUGCAAAGAAAUUGUUGAUCACUGGCUAGUAAUUCAAUAAAAAUAAAUCGAUUCAA